ACUGUGCUUAUUUACAUACUUUUUCAUGUUUAUGCGAUUGCCGUAAGUGAAGAUGUCGGUAUCUACUACAUCAUGCGGAUCUAAAUGGCGUUUGCAAUGUGCUAUGCUUUUGCUUGCUAUCGUGCGGGCCUCUUUUGCGGACAUUCGAUAUUCUGUUCCAGAGGAGACAAAGACAAAACAUGUAAUCGGGAGCUUAAGUAGUGACCUUCGUUUGGAUGUUAAGCGACUGGGGGUUCGGAAGGCCCGAGUUGAUUACCAGGGACAGAAACGGUACUGUGGAGUAGACUUGGACUCCGGAGAUCUCAUUGUUCUCGAGAGAAUCGACAGGGAGACGCUUUGUGAAACUACCUCACCCUGUAUAUUGCAUUUUGAGUUCAUCCUGGAAAAUCCUUUGGAGCUGCACAAUAUUGGGCUGGAAAUACAGGACAUAAAUGACAACGCACCUCUUUUCCCCAAGGAUUUAAUCAAACUGGAAAUAAGCGAAUCUGCAACAACAGGCAGUAGAUAUAAAAUAGCUUCUGCUCGAGAUUUAGAUGUAGGCAUCAACUCCGUUCAAAGCUAUGUGCUUGGUCAAAAUGGUUAUUUUGUUUUAGAUGCAAAAAACAGCAGAGAAAGGUAUGUUGAAAUUGUAUUGCAAAAUAGUCUCGACCGAGAGAAGGACGGUGAACAUUCUCUAAUGCUAACGGCAAUUGACGGGGGGAAUCCACUUCGGUCUGGUAGUGUUACAAUAAAUAUUCUCGUAAUUGAUGUAAAUGAUAACGGUCCAAUAUUUUCGCAAGCUGUGUAUACGGUAACCGUUUUUGAAAAUUCACCACAAGGUACCUCCCUGCUCAAGGUAAGCGCAACUGAUAAAGAUGAGGGUGCUAAUGGUCACAUUACAUAUUACAUUAAUCAUGUGUCUGAAAACACAAAGCGUUUAUUCAAUAUUGACCAAAACAGUGGGGAGAUUACUGCAAUUGGCGAGCUUGACCACGAAAAGGCCUCCUCUUAUGAAGUGGAGAUACAGGCGGAGGAUGGCGGGGGGCAGGCCGGACACUGCAAAGUCCUCGUUGAAGUAUCUGACAUAAAUGACAAUGCACCCACAAUAACUGUGAAAUCAGUCACCAAUCCGAUUCCAGAGAACAUCCCAGCGGGCAUUGAAAUAGCGGUUAUUAAUGUAAAGGAUCAGGACCAUGGAGAGAACAGCAGAGUGAAGUGCAACAUUGCGGAAAACCUACCUUUUAAACUCCAAUCCUCAAUUAAAAACUACUUUACCUUAAUAAGCAGCGCCCCUCUGGAUCGAGAGCAAAUCUCUGAAUAUGAUGUCACUAUAAUAGCAACCGAUGGAGGAACGCCGUCAUUGUCUUCAAGUGUUAUUUUGAGUUUCCACAUUUCUGAUAUAAAUGACAACCCACCUGUGUUUGAAGAACAAUCCUACAGUUCCUAUGUGACUGAAAAUAACAAGCCUGGCUCCUCUAUGUGUUCUGUUACUGCCAGAGACCCAGACUGGAGACAGAACGGUACGGUGGUCUAUUCUCUAUUGCACAGUGAGAUCAACGGUGUUCCGGUGUCCUCAUUUUUAUCCAUCAACGGAGACACGGGGGUGAUCCAUGCUGUGAGAGCAUUUGAUUAUGAGCAGUUUAGGAGCUUCAAAGUCCACGUUGUAGCCAGAGACAAUGGUUCUCCUCCACUCAGCAGUAACGUGACUGUGAGUGUCUUCAUAACAGAUGAGAAUGAUAACUCUCCCCAGAUAUUAUAUCCUGCUCCAGCAGGGAACUCCUUGAUGACCGAGAUGGUCCCCAAAGCUGCUCUGGCGGGGUCACUGGUUUCCAAGGUGAUAGCUGUGGAUGCUGACUCUGGACAAAACGCGUGGCUUUCAUAUCAGAUCGUGAAAUCGACUGAUCCGGGACUUUUCAAUAUUGGUAUCCACAGUGGAGAGAUCAGGGCACAGCGGGACAUUUCUGAAUCUGACAGUAUGAAGCAGAACCUUGUUAUAUCAGUGAAAGAUAACGGACAGCCCUCUCUCUCUACAACCUGUGAUGUAUAUUUACUCAUAUCAGAUAACUUGGCUGAAGUUCCAGAACUGAAAGACAUGGCUUAUGAUGAUAGUUCCAAACUAACUUCCUAUUUGAUCAUCGGUCUGGUCUCUGUCUCCACCUUUUUCCUGACUUUCAUUAUUCUCAUGCUGGCCGUGAGGUUCUGCCGCAGUAGAAAGCCUAGAAUGUUGUUUGAUGGAGCAGUCGCCAUUCCCAGCGCGUAUUUCCCUCCCAACUAUGCAGAGGUGGAUGGAGCUGGAACUCUCCGUAGUUCUUACAAUUAUGAUGCAUACCUGACAACGGGCUCACGCACCAGUGACUUCAAGUUUGCCAGAUCUUACAACACGCUGCCUGCUGACCAGACGCUGAGGAAAGAAAUCAAAGAUCAAGAUUCGUUAGUGGACACCAAGGACUUGAACGAGGUAGGAUUGUAA